AUGGCGGAGGCUGCGGAUACGCCACAACGGUUCUACUGUCACUUCUGUGAAUGUGAGAGGAAACCCAAACUGCCGGAUUUAGUCUGCCCAGACUGUAAAUCCAGCUUCAUUGAGGAGGUAACAGAAAACUCCAGCCUCCUGCAGAACAGCACAUCGUCAGCUACAGCUCUUAUAACAAACUUGUUCUCAGAGGUAUGUGGCACUAAUCACAUUUCAAUUCAGCUGCUGUCGCGUUUUGCGCUGCUGUCGGAUCCUCUCUCCUCCAAGUCGGACUCGGAGGACUGGGAGGAGAAGGAGGAAUCUGCAGGUCAGAGCUUUCCGUCUCCAGCAUCACAAGUCAGCACUGAGGGAGGGCAGCAGGAUUCAUCCCCCAGCUCUGAACGAGAGCCGUCUCCCUGGUCUGAAUUGUCGCAGGACUUUUUGGAUGACUUGUUUCCUAACAAUGAAAACCCUGAUGCUACACCAACUGGACUAUCCAGCCUGCUACGGCUGCACUCAGACCCCGGGGACUAUGCAUGGGGUCAGGGAAGUCUCGACGCAGUCAUCACAGAGGUCAGUGACAGCAGUUAUUCCUUGGGACUGUUGGAGUACAACUCACCCCCGGCAACAAAGGAGAUCUCAUCCCUGCCAACAGUUGACGUCACUCCAGAACAGAUAGACAGACGUCUAGAAUGUCCUGUCUGCAUGGAGGAGUUUUCUUUAAAGGAUGAGGACGGAAAAAUGCUCUUUUGGCUAUAUUUUUGCACGCAUCACAGAUCCUCUUUCCUCUCGCAGAAUGAUUCUUGCCCCGUGUGCUGCAGAAGUCUCAAUGGCGUUGACAACAGCCUCCCACUCACGCCGGUGCCCCCCAGAAGAGAGCUCUGCUCUCUCACGUCAGUUCCGCUGCUUCUAAAUAAAACGCACAAAUCGCAGUGUGCAGCUUCAGCGCUCAUGCCAUUCUCACGUUUCUGCGACGGACGUUUGCAACUCUAA